GCGGAACAUCAACCUUUCUAGAAAUCUGCUGAGCCCAGCUGGCAUGUAAAGCUGUCGCAAACCUUUUCGUGUCUUUCUUGUAUUCUCGACAAUUGAAAAUUGAUUUGGUCGAUCUUGGAAAAUGCCCGUCUUAUACGAGACGCGCCCCACACUGGUGCCUCCUCCGACGACCCCAGAACAUCGAGCGCCGAUAGAGAACAUCCUCGAGUUGACACACUUGAAGGAUAUAGAUCCGGAUCUGUAUACGAACACACGCCCGCUAUGGCAUCCUCCAGGAGCCCGAGGCAUCUACGGCGGUGCUGUGAUCGCACAGUGUCUAGCUGCAGGCCAGCACACAGUGGCGAAAAACUUCUAUGUGCAUUCGAUGCAUUGUUACUUCGUCAUGGCUGGUGAUGCGAAAAUGCCCAUAAUUUACCACGUCGAACACGUUCGCGAAGGGCGCUCAUUCGCGGUUAGGACCGUACAAGCAAGACAGCGAGGGAAAGUCAUAUUCACAACCACUAUGUCGUUUGUGAAGGAAGGCUCGGGCGGAAAAAAACUCGUCGAGCAUGCAUAUGACAUGCCUUUGGUACCUGGCCCAACUGAGGACCCCGAGGAUACUCGAUUACCUCAAGGAUCUCAAAGUCCAUUCAUAAGCCAACAAAUUGAUAUCUUCAACAAUGAUAGUCCCAAGCCGCACACAAAGAGGACAAGGCAGUGGAUCAAGGCGCGGGGCAAGAUCAGUGAGGCAGGCGGUCACGAAGCACAUCUCGCGGCCAUGGCGUACAUGAGCGAUAGCUACUUUAUCGGCACAAUAUCGCGGGUACAUAAGUUGUGGAGGAUACCAAGACCUAUGCCGCGUGAACAAAAGGAUCGCGCUCCGUGGGAAGAGAAUUCAGCAAACGAGCAGAAGAAGCCGGACAUUGUCGAAGACGAAGAUGUGCUUGCCACGAUCCGCAAAGCUGGCGUGGAGAAGAUGAGGGAGUUGGCAUCUCAGAAGAAGAUCGUACCGCAGGUCGGAAUGAUGGUCAGCUUGGACCAUACAAUUUACUUUCAUAAUCCGAAGGCUCUUAAGGCAGACGAGUGGCUUUUCACAGAGAUGGAAUCGCCGUGGGCAGGUGACGGCAGAGGUCUUGUCAUGCAGAGGAUAUGGACAAGAGACGGCACAUUAGUUGCCAGCUGUGUGCAAGAGGGUGUGGUGCGGCUCAAGCCGGACAGCGAGGCGGGAAGCAAGCUGUAAUUGUUUGUUGCCCGCUAUCUGUAAAACUAUCCAUUUCUAUUGUCCACUUCCCAAGAGAGUAUAGAGAGUCGAGAGCAUUGGAUACGCAAAGAUAGAAUCCUGUUGUUAGAAAGUAUGCUAUUUAAUUUCCGUUGGAGAAUAGAUAGGCUUCGACACAUUGAAGUAGUGUGCAAACACGGUCC